UUUCAUACUAAACCAAAAUUUUGUAUCCUUUCUUCAUAAUAUUCUGCUUUGCAACAAAAAAUAAGGAAUACAAAAAAUUUUAUUCUUUCUCGAGCAAUUACGAUUUAUUUUAUCACAAUCGAUUGUCAUUAGAUUUGCAAAAUUUUUACAGUGAACAACAAAACAGAAAUCUAAAUAUCCCCGAUUCCACACAUUAAUCCCUGCCUCAAACACAUAACCCACAUUAACCCUACUCACCCAUCUACAUAAUCAAAAAUAUCGCAACAAAAUUUAGAAAAACAUUCUAAUGCUUCCAGAGGUUGAUAGUACGAUUUUGUUCCUUUCCGAUCUUUUAGCUCGCAAAUUUCCUCUCCUUUCUCCUUCCUCCCUUCAUUAUUUCGCCAAUUCUCUACGCAGUACCUUGACCAGACAUUAUAAAAACCACUGGUUUCCAGAGACCCCGCUCAAAGGUUCUGGUUAUAGGUGCAUCAGGAUAAACGGCCUACUAGACCCUGUUGUAGCCAAAGCCGCUGACAUGGCUGGAUUAGCCCGUGAUUGUGUUAGGAUAGCUUUUCCCGAUGAACUAACACUUUGGGUCGACCCAGGUGGUGUCUUCUAUAGAAUCGGCGAGAAUGGUAGCGUGGGAAGGAUUUAUCCCGCUUCUCCUCACAACAACAAUCAUAUUAAUUCUUCUUUCAACAAGAAUGGUUUUAAUGUUUUUAACGCGUAUUCCUGUAGGACCGAUUACCAUAACUAUGGUAAUAUCAAUCUAGCCUCUAACAAUUAUUAUAAUUUAGGAUAUAAUAAUAAUCUUGACGACCCAGACGCCAAUUUCAAUCAUUAUAAUUCUGACGGAAGUUCAGGGUAUUCAACCACCAAUCCCUAUACCGAUAACUCAUCCUCCUCUUCUUAUAGCAAUAAUGGAAACAUAUCCGAUACUUGCUCAUCCAAUUCCUAUGGCUCCGACACCGAUUUAAAUUCCGGUAAUCUCACUAACAAAACUUUGACUGAGAAUAACCCUUAUUCAAACCGAUCCCUUAACUCCGCCGACUCCAUUAAUUCUACCAUUUCCUCCAAAACGGGUCCCGCCCUCAUUAAUUUCUCAGCUCAGUCCUCUAUCAACGCAGCUCCAUUGAGCAAAUUUUAUAACCACGCCAGAAAAGGUAGAGAGACUACGCACAACACUACCAGUCAAGGUAGAUUCAAUCCUGGUUCCGCUAAUCCGCUCCCUUUCAGUUAUAACGACUCUAUUAAACGGUUGAUGCCUACCGCAGCUCUUAUAGCCCAAUCAUGAGAACUUAUUUAAAAAUUAAUGAAAAGGAAUUUACCUUUAUCCCCCUCUUAAAUUAAUUAAAAUUUUUUUAUAACGGUUGAUUAACAUCUAGGAUCAUUAAUGGUUAUUUAAUUCUUAAAUAUUUUCAUUGUAUACUACUGUCAGCGCCUAAAAUUUCCGCCUUAUAAAAUGUAAGGCAUUUUGAUUUUAUGUACAUACCC